AUGACAAUUGCUCGAGAAUGGUGGAAAAAUGCCACCGUAUACCAAAUAUGGCCAGCAUCCUACAAGGAUUCCAAUGGAGAUGGUGUAGGUGAUAUUCCCGGUAUCAUCUCAACGUUAGACUAUCUCAAGGAUUUGGGUGUAGACGUGAUUUGGUGUAGUCCCAUGUACGACUCUCCACAGGAUGACAUGGGGUAUGAUAUUAGUGACUAUGAAAAGGUCUAUCCAGAGUAUGGCACCAACGAAGAUAUGCAGACACUCAUAGACGAAACGCAUAAGCGAGGCAUGAAGUUAAUAUUGGAUUUGGUUAUCAAUCAUACUUCCAGCGAGCAUGUCUGGUUCAAGGAGUCUAGAUCUUCCAAGACAAACUCAAAGAGAGAUUGGUAUAUUUGGAAACCUCCCAAAUUUGAUGCUGAUGGUAACAGACACCCUCCUAACAACUGGGGAUCGUUCUUUUCUGGUUCAGCUUGGGAAUAUGACGAGCUUACUGGAGAGUAUUACUUAAGGCUCUUUGCUAGAACACAACCUGACUUGAAUUGGGAAAAUGAGGUAACCAGAAAGGCAAUUUAUGACUCUGCAAUGAAGUUUUGGCUCGAUAGAGGUAUUGAUGGCUUUAGAAUUGAUACAGCAGGUUUAUACUCCAAAGACCAAAAGUUCCCCGAUGCCAGUAUUGUUUGCCCAGAUGAAGAAUUCCAAAUGAGUUUUCAAAAUACUAACAAUGGCCCCCGCAUUCAUGAGUUCCACAAGGAAAUGUAUUCAAAUGUGACUAGCAACUACGAUGCCAUGACAGUUGGAGAAGUUGGGUUUUGUUCGCGGGAAGAUUCUUUGAAAUACGUCAGUGCCAAAGAACAAGAAAUGAAUAUGAUUUUCCUCUUCGAUACCAUCACUGUCGGAAGGGAAGGAGGAGACACAUUUGGGUACAAGGACUGGACUUUGACGGACUUCAAGAGGGCCAUUCAAAAAGACACCACUUUCAUCGAGGGUACUGACGCGUGGUCCACUGUCUUCAUUGAAAACCAUGAUCAACCUAGGUCGGUUACCAGAUUUGGUGGUAUCAAGUACGCUUCACAGUCUGCUAAAUUGAUUACCUUGUUGGAAUCCACUUUGACAGGUACUCUCUUCAUCUACCAGGGCCAGGAGAUUGGCAUGGAAAAUUUACCAAGAUCUUGGUCUAUCGAUGAAUACAAGGAUAUAAACACUAUAAACUACUACAAGAAGUUUAAGGAAAAAUAUGGUAAUGAUUCUGACUUCAAAGAGAAGGAAGAAAAGUUGAUGGACAUUAUCAACCUUGUGGCCAGAGACAACUCAAGAUCUCCUGUUCAAUGGAACUCUUCUACUAAUGGUGGUUUCACAAGUGGCACUCCAUGGACACGAGUUAACGAUAACUAUAGGACCAUUAAUGUUGCUAGUCAGAUUGACGAUCCUAACUCGGUAUUGAGCUUCUGGAAGAAAUCUAUUCAAAUCAGAAAGCAGUAUCAAGACUUGCUUAUUUUCGGUACAUUCAAGAUAUUGGAUUUCGAAAAUGAAAACGUCUUCACCUACAUUAAGGAGGAUGAAAAAAAUGGACUUCGAAAGGCAUAUGUAGUGUUGAACUUCUCCAACAAUUCCGUCAAGUUUGAAAAGUUGAUUGGUGGUGAAUUUGAACUACUUCAUUGCAACGUUGGCGAUGUUGACGAACUGAUCUUGUCCCCAUAUGAAGGUCGUCUAUACAUUGUUGAUUAA